CCUCCAAUCAGUAAUAAGCUUUAAAUUGCAUCUCUACUACUCCGUGAAUUUCCUUUUCCGGUGAAACUAAAAACGUAAACAUGCGUUUAGAAAAGUGUUACUUCUGUUCUUCCACAAUAUAUCCUGGACACGGAACACAUUUUGUUAGAAAUGAUUGUAAAAUUUUUAGAUUCUGUAGAUCAAAAUGUCAUAGAGCAUUUAAAAAGAAGAGAAAUCCAAGGAAAGCAAAAUGGACCAAAGCUUUUAGAAAAGCUGCUGGAAAAGAAUUAACAGUGGAUCCAUCAUUUGAGUUUGAAAAGAGAAGAAAUGUACCUAUCAAAUAUGACAGAGAAUUAUGGCAGACAUCAUUAAAAGCAAUGAAGAGAAUAGAAGAAAUAAGAAUUAAACGACAGAAUCAGUACAUAUUAAAUAGAUUGAAGAAGGGUAAAGAACUGAGAAAAGAAGCUGAUGUGAAGGAAGUCGAGAAGAAUAUUCACUUGAUCAGAGCACCAGGAGCUAAAGGAAAACAGUUGGAAAGAAAAAUGGUACAAGUCAUUAAAGAAGAAGAUGUUGACAUGGACGAAGAAGUUUGAUCACGUGACAUUCUCAGGAUUCUGUCACCUUAAUAAAUGAACUUAUGAUUUACAUUUAACAUGUUAAACAAUUUUAUCACUGUAAAGAUACAGUAAGAAAUAACACUUUUAAGGAAACCUACAAAAAAAGGAAACUUUUUGAUGAUUCACCGGUCAUUAAAAUAAAAUUAAAAAAAGAU